CACCCUAGGAGACAAGGGGGAUAAAAGGUGCUGCACAAGGAGGAUCGGGGUUAGUCCUCGGCCGGCUCUCGGGUUCAAGACUUGCUGAUCGAUCGACCACACUGGAGCAACGCAUCUUUGACCUUAGAAUUUCAACUAAAGAGACGGAGCAAACGAACAAGCCCAACAUCGCAGAAAAAAUCCAACAACCUAAAGCCGAAAAGCCAAAAGUGUCGAGCAGAGGAGGAUUAACCAUUUCCACCUGGCUUUAGGAUUCCAAUUGAUCUCCAAGGAUCACUCUUUUGUUGACCCUGCCAUCAGAGACUGCACUGGUCAGAGACUUUGCAGACUUUGGACAAAGUCGGGAGUUUCAACAGCAACCAACAGUACGGCAGGCAAAGGGAGGACUGUACACCCCUUCCCUCUCUCUCUUCAAACUGGACAUUCAACAAUUCAGCUACAGCCUUCUCACCAGGUUUAAUGGGGAGCCACACUCCUACACACGUUUCAACUUGACCCAGAACAUGGAAGGUGAUAACAGCCAGGUGGAGAUGAAGCUGUCGUCCGACAUGGAUGAGGAAGUUGGGGGAAAUGGCGUUGGAGAUCACCUCAAUCACAGCUCCAACCGCAAACCCCAUGUGGCUCAGAAGCUUGGACGCACACCCAAGAACCUGUGCUUCUUGGCAGCUGCCACCCUCCUCAUCUUUAUUAUUGGCUACUUGAUUGGCUAUCUGGUGCAUCAGAAAAAGGACUUGGCUCCAAGCUGUGCAGACUCUGUGCUUUCUUUGGAAGAACCUGUUCCUCACGAGACAGGUGCUGCUCCCCUCAUGGACUGGGACGAUGUGAAAAAGCUCUUCGCUCAAAAACUCACUGUAGCCAACUUUGAAUCUGUCUUCAGUGAGUUUUCCAGUGACGAACACCGGGCUGGUUCUCCAGGUGAUGAUGCUCUGGGAAACAAGGUGAUCAAGAAGUUUAACGAGUACGACAUGAACACAUGGACCGAUGAGUACUUUGUUAAAGUUCAAGACCCCCCUGCUUCCGGCUCCAACAGAGUUGUUUUCAAGGAUGGGAAUAAUGUGGAGUAUCCAAAAGGACUCCUGUCCUACAGUGCCAACGGAACAGUAACGGGUGCUGUCUUGUAUGCGGGUUAUGGGCAGGAAAGUGACUUCAUGUUACUGCGGGACAGAAACAUCAACCUGUCUGGCAGGGUGAUGCUGGUCAGGGCUGGUAAGAUCAGCUUUGCUGAAAAGGUAGCCAAUGCUGCCAAAAUGAAUGCCUCUGCUGUGUUGAUCUACCCUGACCCCGCCGAUUACACUUUCGAAGAGGACACUGAGCUCUAUGGACAUGUCCACAUGGGUUCAGGGGAUCCCUACACCCCAGGCUUCCCCUCCUUCAACCACACCCAGUUUCCCCCUGUCCAGUCUUCUGGCCUGCCAACAAUUUUGGCUCAGACCAUCACAGCAGGCAUGGCUACCAAAAUUCUGAGGGAGCUGGGGGGUCAGAAUGUGCCAGAAAGGUGGGGAGGAAUCUACCGACUGGGAGAAGAGAAAGAUCUUAUUACUGUGGACGUCAACAAUGUUCUUACUGAGAAGAAGAUAAAUAAUGUCUUCGGGGUCAUCAAAGGCUUUGUGGAUGCAGAUCGGUAUGUGGUCAUCGGUGCCCAGAGGGAUGCUUGGGGUCCAGGUUUUGCUUCAUCGACUGUCGGCACCAGCGUCCUUGUUGAGCUGGCACGCUCCAUCUCUGACAUGAUGAAGAACGACGGAUUCAAGCCAAGGAGAAGCAUUGUGUUUGCCAGCUGGAGUGCUGGAGAAUAUGGGAGUGUUGGCGCCACCGAGUGGUUGGAGGGUUAUCUCUCUUCCCUGAGCAUGAAAGCAUUCUCCUACAUCAACCUGGAUGGAGUUGUAGCAGGUCGGAACGGAUUUAAAGUAGCAGCCAGUCCCUUGCUGUACAGCCUGAUCAAGAGCUCUCUAAACGAGGUGAAGUCUCCAAACAAGGCCCCGUCUCUCUCUUCUGAAUUUGCAGGGGGCGACUGGGAAACAAAUGUAUUGGAGCCUCUGAAGUUGGAUAAUGCUGCAUAUCCUUUCCUUGCCUUUUCUGGAAUACCCUCAGUAUCAUUUAGAUUCACCCCUGGGAAGUCAGAAUACCCGUAUUUUGGUACAAUGCGGGACACCCGGCAGAAACUGAACGGGUUCACGUCCAACUCGGUUCCUCAGGUGGCUGUAAUAGCGUCCCAGUUCGCAGGUCACAUGGCGCUGAGGCUGGUCCACGAUCACCUCCUGCGGAUGGACCUAACAAGGUACCACGAUAUUAUACGUACUCACGUGGGUCAGAUCAACGCGAAAGUCAAGGCUGUUCAGAGGAUGCAGCCCCAGCUGUUGCCCAAGGCACUGACAGUGCAGUGGUUGAUCUCUGCCUCUGGCUCAUACAGCCGUGCCUCUCGCAGCCUGUCAGCAGACGUCCAGAACAGCGACCUGGACGACAUCGAGAUGUGCCGCAUCAUUAAUGACCGCAUCAUGUCGGUGGAAAGGAACUUCCUGUCACCCUUUGUGUCUCCCAGAGAGAGUCCUUUCCGCCACAUCCUGCUGGGCUCCGGCAGUCACACUCUCAAGGCUCUGUCCAACCACCUCGAAGCCUUCAGGACUGCCAACCCUGAGGCAGAUGCUGAUCUGUUCCGCAACCAGUUUGCCCUGGCGACCUGGACCCUUCAGGGCUGUGCCAACUCACUAGCCGGGGAUAUCUGGUCUUUGGAUAAUGAGAUAUAAAAAGUAAUUUCCUCCCUCCUCCCUUGUUCAUGGUUUGGCCCUCUUAGCGCAGCUGGCAGUGUGAAAACCAGUAGGCUGUGAUUAUUAACAAUCACAGAUGCAUUUUUUUUCUUUCUUAAAUGAACAUAGCUGAUUAAGGAAGUGAUAAAAGUAGAGCUGUUUCAAAAUACCAACAUUAGUAAUCACCUCUGUUCUAUAAUUUUUAACAUUUCAAUGAUGAGCUGCCUCAUCUCCCUCCUUUCUAAAAUUCUCCAUAAAGUCAAACAUUCAUGAUAAAUUGUACUUAAACCUUCAGCCUUAACAAAAAGGAUGUUUAGAAGGUCAUUCUCUCUCUUUCCCCCCCACAUUUGUAACAUGCAGUACUUAAAUACUGCAUUUUGAAUACUUUGGUGCUAGUAACGAUUACCUUCAAACAGCCAUAUUAAGUGGUAGCACUACUUAAGUUGGUGUUUUACUAUAAAUGAGUUGAAUGUAGUGAAAGUGAUGCUUUUUCAGCACAGUAUCAGGUCGUAAUCACAGGAAAUGCUGUGUUUGCCAGCUCAGAAAUGAAUACAACAUGAAAGGCCGCUAUGAUGCAAUAAGCUAAUGCCUUUCCAUUUGUUUACCAUAAUGACUACAAAUCAAAACUGCUGGUAUUUCCACUGCUGCUAGAGCCUCAUGUUCAAAUAAAUUUGAGCUGGUUUAUGUUGGUAGCUAUAAUUUCAUACUGUGCUGAAAUCUGCUGCUCAACUCAUUGUCAGAGAUUCAGAAGUUGCUGAAAAGGACUGAAGAUUAAUUAACACUAACACAGCUGUUGUGUUGCACAAAACACACCUAGAAGUAGAUUUUGGACAACUAGCUGUCGUUACUUGGCACCGUGCUGCAUUCAUCUUUUUAAGAAAAGUCCUAAUUACUCGCAAUAAUAAUAACAAUUAAUUGGUUGAUUAUCUGAAUCGUCCACCUCCUGACAUGAGGGCGAGUCUCUGUAGGCCUUUCAAAAACCAAGGGAGAAGAUCUCCAACCAUGUGGCACUGAAACAGAAACCGUACGUCUAUUUAUUGUGUUAUUUAUUUAUCAGUGGCAGGGUUCACUAUAAAUAGUUUUUUUAUCGCCUUUUGUAAAAAAAAAA